AUGCUUCACCGCCAGGGCACACGUGACCUCAAACAUCCUAUUACCGCAGGCGGAUUGAUGCGUUCUUUAAAAGCACAACUGGAUGAGAACAUUGAUCGUUGUAUAUCUCUUGGAAGUUGCGGGCAGUCUGGAGCGCCAUUCAAACUCACCUGUGCCAUAUAUGGCUACACCGUCAUUGGGAAGGGAACUACGUCAUGCCUAUGGAGGGAAGUGUCCCACGAAGCACAGGCUUACCGAAUUUUGCAGAAGGCUCAAGCAUCUGCUGUACCUGUCUUCCUCGGUACAAUCGAUCUAGCGAAAAUUUACUAUCUUCAUGGGGCUGGAGAUAUUCGCCACAUGCUUGUCAUGGCCUGGGGAGGCGAAAGUUUAGCAAAGAUGGAACUGAAACCAUGGCUGCGUAAAGAGAUUCGCAAAUCGGAGAAUGAAAUCAAAGCUUUGGGAAUUGUCCAUGAGGACCUCUGGUGUGACAUUGAUGAGGAGGGCCUUCGGUCUGGCAAUGUUCUCUGGAACGAAGAACUUGGGCGGGCGCUGAUCAUUGACUUUCACCGCUGUACAUUAAAUCGUCGGCCAUUUCAGAAAAGACGACAACCGGGGAAGAGGCGCUGUACCAGACAGAGUCGGGGCGUUCCAAGUGUCUACGGGUUUGAUCAGCAAUAUACUCUGACAACUGCUAGAGAAUUCAACGCAGGGAAUGGAUAA